UGUCCCGCCUUCAGACUGCGGCCAAGUCCCAGAGACAGCAGUGUUUCCCGUCUCGUGCAGUGGGCCCAGCAGAGUCAGCCUCUCAACUCCCCCCUCUCCCCCCGCAGGCAUCUAGGCGCGCCUCGCCACCGCCCUCCCUGGCUGAGCUAGUAGUGCCAGCUCUGGGCGGGGUCCUGCGGUUGUGCUAGGCUCCUCCUCCCCGGCUCCUCCCCUCCCCCUCGGGCCCUCCUGCGCUAACUGUGCUCCUCCGGGCCCCUGCGCCUGCUCCCAGCCAUGGUGGCCAGGCUCACGGCUUUCCUCGUUUGCCUCGUUUUCUCCUUGGCCACCCUUGUCCAGAGAGGAUAUGGAGACACAGAUGGUUUUAAUCUGGAGGAUGCACUGAAAGAAACUUCCUCAGUAAAGCAGAGAUGGGACCACUUCAGCACCACGACUAGGAGGCCAGUAACAACCAGAGCCCCAGCAAAUCCAGCAGAGAGAUGGGACCAUGUUGCCACUACUACAACUAGAAGGCCAGGAACAACUAGAGCACCAUCAAAUCCUAUGGAACUAGAUGGGUUUGACUUGGAAGAUGCCUUGGAUGAUCGAAAUGAUCUAGAUGGUCCCAAAAAGCCAAGUGCAGGAGAAGCAGGAGGUUGGUCAGACAAGGAUCUUGAAGACAUCGUGGAAGGUGGGGGAUACAAACCUGACAAGAAUAAAGUAUGUCCAAGGCAGAGUAAUUAAUGAAGGAAAGAAGUUUAUUUACCUCACAGUUCUGGGAGCUGGAAGACGGAGAUUGGUGGCUACAUCUGGCGGUGGUGGUUAUGGCAGCAACGAUGACCCUGGAUCUGGCAUAUCGACAGAAACUGGCACCAUUGCAGGUGUGGCCAGUGCCCUUGCUAUGGCCCUGAUUGGAGCUGUAUCCAGCUACAUCUCCUACCAGCAGAAGAAGUUUUGCUUCAGCAUUCAGCAUGCAGCAGAAGGUCCAGAGGGCCUCAAUGCAGACUACGUGAAGGGGGAGAACCUGGAAGCUGUUGUGUGUGAGGAGCCCCAAGUGACAUACUCAAAACAAGAAACGCAGUCUGCAGAACCCCCACCACCCGAGCCACCCCGGAUUUGAGGCAGGUACAUCUGAAGGAAGCCACCGCUUGUGACCCAGCUCCGGAUUUCAUUUGCCAAUCCUUUCCCCAAGUUUCUUCCCAUGCCACUGGCUGCUUAUUGUAGUGAGUUUUCUGGACAAGCCUUAGGUGUUCAUGAGUGUGGUUUCUGUGCCCUGUCCUGCAGACUACAGUGACUGCUCUGCCAUGGGUCCUCUAAAGAGACUUGGUUCUGAGACUUGAGACCCACAUUCAGCAGAUUCCUAGCACCAGCAGUGAAAGUUUCUGGGUGAUGGAGACAGCUGGAUUCAGCCUUAGCAUGGGAAAAGGAGGAUGCCCAAGGUGGGGGUGGCCCAGAGGAUGGUUGGGGCAGCACUGCAGAACGUUUCUGGUUAGGCAGUCUCUAGGUUCUAUGAAAUCCUUUGCCUACAUGCUGUAGUGGGUUGUUUGUUGUGGUGCUGACCACUGAGAGCUGUGAGGAGCAUGCUCAACGGGCAUCUGGUGCAUAUGGAACCCAUUUUAAGACAAAUCAGACAGCACCAAGCUGCAACACACAUACAUGUGUACACACACACACUCACACACACCCUACAUGUGUGCGCACACACACAUAACACCUAGGCACUUUUAAAAAAUCGAUUGUUCUUCCCAACUUCAUGUUUCAUAUUGGUCAGCUUCCAGAGAGCUUGUCCAGGUGAAGGCUCUUCAGUGAUUUUAGUGCAAACAUGGUCUCACAAUAGUCUUACCCCAAGAUUAGAAAGAAGGAGCAUAUGGGAGCUGUGACUUGCGGUUGGAUUCCUAUCAGACUGUGUAGGGAUCUCCGGCUGGCCUGGUUAACAGGUCUUGGAAGUCACCUACAAAUGAACUUUCUCCCAGGUCAGGGUGGGUGUUUACACUACCCUGUACAUGAUCUUAUUUAAGUAGCAAGAGCUACAGAUCCUGAGAAUGAACGUGGAAACCAGAAGCAUGCUUGUUGUUUUAUUAGAAGUGGAUGGGGAAAGGGGAAGGUAGGGGAAGGGAUACUAGCUUAGCUGCCUUUGUAGUUGUGUAGCUGUCCUCCCUGUCUGCUCUGAAAAGGGCUCUGACCAUGUUCAUAGCGGUAAAUACAGGAAACCAAGGGCCAGGGCCAGAGCUGACUGCUACCCCUAGUUUGGGCUGGAUCUGCCUGCUUCCUGGAUUGUUUCUUUGGCUCCAGUGAGCUUGAUAGUGAACCCUGCAGGUGAAAGCUAAGCUAGUUUCCACCCCAUAUGAACUAAUAGUUUGCCACGUCAAACGGCACUUCUGAAAGCAAUGUGUGUCACUGUGAAGGCAAGAUCUACAGCUCCUCUGGACAACAUGAUUGGCCCCAUAUAUCCCAUAAGCUGUGAAUUGGCUCCUUCACCUCUGCUGAGCUGGGAAGAGGCAACACUCACCUUAAGAAACUCCCUAACUCUUGUGCUGUCUAAUGCAUGCCUUGAGUGUGUUUGCUGUUUAAAGACUAUUCUUGGUGGAGGGCUGCUGGUGGUGUCAUGUUUCCAGGCAGCCUGAACACCAACUCCUACUGUAUACCUGUGGGCGAUGAGAUGCCCCCUUUGCUUGGCCUUUGGUCCCAGACGGUCCAGGUCUGAGGAUCCAAUAGGGAAGCUGGAGCACUGGGAAAAUGACACUAAGAUGGAAAAAAAAAAAAGCUCAUGGCCUCAGGAAGCCCGCCUUAUUCUUCAGGAGGUUAAUAAGCAAAGAAGGCAUCACUUGCAAGAUGUGUCCGUUUCUAGAACCUCUUAACUUGCUGGUCGGAUUGCUGUCAACAUUGUCAGGAUUGUGCCUUACUGACACCAAGGACAACAGGAGAUGAUGGUGCCACCAUUUGGCCAGUGCUGGGCUAUAGGUGACUUAAAGGAAGGAUUUUAGUAUUUCUGGUCUGUUGACAUGUAGCUAGCUAGGGUAAUCUCAGGAGGGUUGUCUACCUUUAUGCUGAGGCCUGUCUGAUGGCAAAGCCCUCAAACCCCACGGCCAUGAUGUAAAAUAAAUGCCCUCUUGUUAAACUGUUUUCUCAAUAGCACUGGUUCCAGUGAAAAAGAGCUCUAAUUUGCUCUCCCUUAGCUACCUCGGUGCCUUUUGCAUAAAGCCCUUCUGCAUAAAACCCAUCACUCAGCCCGCAGGCGCUAGCUAAGUGGCUGGACAGGCCUGAGCGGGCCAUCGGCCUCCUGUUCAUACAGUUUCAUCCCAGGGGCCGGGCUCCUCCUUCCCACUGGCAUUUUAUACUUGGUGGGGCAUUGUGGCCUGCAGAAGGCUUGGGACUGGUCCUGUAACUGUGUCCCCCCUGAAGGCUGAGUUGGCCAACUUGGGUUAGUCCCAGGUGACAGAAGGGAGAAACCAAAUGAAGCAGAAGAGCCAAUUGCCAAGAUCAGAUCUCGAUCAGUGAAACUUGACAGGAAGAACUUUAAAAAUGCUCAACAGUCUCAAGUGGCUUGAUGUAGGGGCUCCUACCCUGGUGUAGGACAGGCCCACUGCCUCAGCCACUUGGGUCGUGGUUAGUACCAGUUCUCUGAGGAAGACAUGUUGGAGACUGCCAGAAUCCCUGUACAUCGUUUUACGUGCUUGUGUCCAAGUGUGAAUUGUAAAUGGUCUAGUGUUUGCAUUAAACAAAGUGGACUCUUAA